AUCUUGAGCGAGGGUGAACAUCAGAUGUGAAACUUUAUGUUUAAAAGGUGUUGUUGAUACUUCCUGGUUUCAAACAGAACAAAUGUGUUCAGUUUCAGUCAGGAUGAGACCAGCUCCACGUUUACUUCUGCUGCUUGUGCUGUGUGGUGGAAGAGGAUUCACCAGUGCAGAGACAUUUUUUUUCACGCAGAGGAAGGAAAAGACUUUAGGGAAAAGUUUUUGUUUCAUACAUCUGCAACACCAAAUGUACUUCUGUAAAAAUGACUGUGAGAAAAGAGAAAACAUUUUGGUUCAGACUUCUGGCACCAGAGAGCAGAAUGGGAGAUACAGCAUUGGGUUUGAGCGAUAUUCAAAUCCUUAUGUCCUGCAUGUUGGAAUAAAUAAUCUGAUGAGCUCCGACUCUGGAUCAUACAGAUGUGAAUUUUGGAACGGAACCGUGAUGGAGGAAACAGUACAAUUUCAUCUUGAAGUCUCCAGAGCUGAGCCACAUGUUUCUAAAAGACCUUCUGUGACCUUCUCAGUAGAACAUCAUGUUACACCUGUCGCCUCCACACUGACUCCACCCGAGCUCCUCCCCUCAGCGUCAGUAGAACCUGUCACCUCCACUGUGGCUCAACCCGAGCUCCUCCCCUCAGGUCCCAGUCGUCUGCUGUGGCUCCUGUUGAUCCCUGUCGCCGUGGUGAUGACCUCAGUGCCGCUGUUACUGAUCUGCAGGAAGAAGAAAACACAAAACGAUCAGGAACCGAGACGCUCCAGAACAGAGACUGAAGCGUACGAGAACACGAGCGCAGUGAGGGAAUCUGCAGACUGCACUUACCAGAGUCUCUGUGUGGACACCAUGGACCCAAACCAAAUCUACAGCACCGUCUGACUGUGGACUCAGCACACACUGCCCCCUGGUGGACGAGACACACAACAGCAGUGAGAGAAAAAGCUCCUCCUGUUUUCUUAUAAUGAAAUAACAAUUGAAAAU